GCGGACCGCGUGCGUUGAAGUUCCGACUUGGUGUUUGUUAACCCUCUUACUGUACAAAUAUUGCCAUCUCUCUCACUCUUAAUCCCUCUACAUCAUCACUGUCCUUGUCACACGCACUCUACACUCUGUCUUUCUAUCUUAUUGCCGUGUUUGUCUGUGCGUGGGAGACUUUUUGCGGCCGGCGUCUCAUCCGCUGGUUCAAGAAUUCCCCUGAGUAACGGCUUGAUCGUCGAUCGUUAUCUCGACGGAGACGGGAUUAAGCGCCAGGAGAGAAAGAUAUUCACGAGCAGCCAUUUUAGUGAGAGCCAAAGGGCGAAAGGAAACUACGUCGUUGUUGGUUGUUAGUGGAGAUGGAUUAUAAACACGAAAUGUUGCGGACAAAUGAACAAAAGAUGUGGCAAGUGAAUGAGAUUAUUCUAUCUUCAAAACAAACUCUAAUAAUAAUGUUGUGGGUAAUGAAAUGGUUCUUUGAUGGAUGAUACUGUUGACAUGUUGUACCAUCAUCAUUUUCAUCAAGAAAAUUUAUCAGCUCGGGGUUUUUCCGGGCUUAUGUUGGUGAAACUGCGCAGUUUCGGUCGGUGCGUAGUUGAGAAAAAAUGUGUAUUCAUAUAUCUGUGUAUAUAUGGAUGUAUUUAUGGGGAAAAUGAAGACAAUCCCAAAUAAAUUUCCCGCCUAUCUUGUCAACGCACACUCCAACCUCCAAGAUUUUCUAAACUGUCACGAGGGAGGAGACUUGAGGAGUUUACUUGAAACGUCCACGCGCUCUCACGAUUCGGCGCGAGGCCGUACGUUAUCGCAAGGCGGGAAGGAAAAAAAGUUGACGUACGUUUUGUGUGUCGUGACUCGCACUCUCUGUGUUCUAUAUCACAAGCCGAAGUUGUAUGAUUACGUAAUAUGUUACUUCUACCGAUAAGUCUCUUUCCUCUUACGUCUCUCGAAAUCAUUAAUGAGUCUAAACCAAUUUAAUGUGUGACUUUUUUUUUGGAGUCAAAUAAAAGUGUUCAUUUCCCGCCAAAAGAUGACUUUAUUGAAGAUAAACUAGUGAAAGUGUGUAAAGUUGAGUUUGUCAAUUAUAAUUAUUGUUAAUAAAAAAAAGAAAUGAUGCUUUAUCGACACUUAUCAUAGAUGCCAUUCACGAAAGGGAUGAUAGUGAAGAGAGCGAAGGAGGGAGGGGGUAUUUAAUAUGGCGUCUAAAAAUACCGCGUGCACGUGAACAAUCUUGAAGCACCUGAAACACCAGAUUCCACGUGUCUUUUUUUCUGGAAUUUUUUUCAUCGUUUUUUGCUUUGAAUUACUGCUUGAAGGUUUUAAAUAUUUAACGAGAGCACAAGUGUGUUGAUAAAAGUGAAUUUAUCGUGAGAAAAACAUUUUUAACUACGGCUUCAUGAGUAUGUGAGCUUGACCAUGUGUUUAAGUUUCGAAUUUUCCAUGGACCGCCACGCCCGCCAAGGAGAUCCUCAAAAUGGAGACUGGAUUGACGGCUUUGGUGUUACUUGAAAGUGUCUUGCAGUUGACAACUUGUUGGACGAAUCCUAGUAGAAAUAUUCCGGAGUGCAGUAGACAACGGAACAGACCUAAAUGUUGCGGAAGUGAUGCAGCCCGUUCACAAAUUAGUCUACGACACAGACGCCAACGUCAGGCUAGAACUAGUCGAACAGCUACCCCAUGUUGCUAUGAUAUGCCAAGAAGCGCCAGAGAGGUUCGGAGAUGUUCUUUCCAACCAUCUUAUUCACAUUAUUGUCAGUUUCCACCAUGACGCUGAUCAACAGGUAAGACAAUCAACACAUGCAGCUCUGUUGGCACUCAUAGAACGUGGCCUUCUCGUUAAAGAAUCGAUCGAGAAUGUGGUUGCUCCAACACUCCUUAUGAUGACUCAGGACCCUUCGAAGCUGGAGUACUUCAAUUUUGCUUUGGAUGGUAUGAGCAAAGUGGCGCCACUACUGGAUCCAAAAACAGCCGAGAGACUUUUUUUGGGAAGGUAUCUGUCGCUCUGCUGCGAUGUCAACUUUUUUAUAAGGAAACUCUGCGCAAUAAACUUUGGAGAAUUUUCGGCAGCUAUGACUAAAGAAACAAUGUAUGAAAAAUUACUUCCAAUGUACAUAAAGUUGUGCAAUGACAAAAUCUGGACAGUGAGAAAGUCGUGUGCUGAAGUAAUGGUUUCAGUUGCAUGUUGUGUAUCCUUGGAGCAUCGUCGAACAACAUUAGCCCAAAUUCUCGCGAAUUAUCUUGAAGACGAAUCCAAGUGGGUUAGACUAUCGGCAUACCAAAUACUCGGACCAUUUAUCUCCACGUUUGCCAAACGUUUUACAGGCUUUGCUUAUAAUCAGUAUGGAGAACUUGUGCUCACAGAUCAACAUGGUACUGAGCUCAGGUAUAACAUGAUAUCGGUUGCAGAAUCAGCAUCGCCACUGGCAUUAUGCAGAAUGGUAGUGCCGGAUGAUCCUGAAUGUGCGGAUUCUGAUGCAAUGGUGUUUGGUCUUGCAACAAAAGUAAAAGACGAAGACAAAAAAGAAAGGAAAGAAAAACGAGACAGAAGAGAAAAGAGUUCUGGUGAAACAAAUAAAGAAAAUGUGCCUCUAAAUCGUACAACUUCAUGGUGUGAUUCAACUGAGACUGACGACUCAUCUACUGAAGAUUAUCAUCAAUUCAAUUCAUUCCUUUACUAUUACAUUUCACCUGACUUACCUCUAGAUAAUGAUCUCAUAGAAUCAAUUAAAAACGAUUCCAAGACGUCAGAUGCAUCUGGAAGCACUGAAAAAUCUAUUAACGGUGAUCAGAAUCAUGAUUCAGAAAUCACAGUACCAUUAAUAGUUGUUUCUAAUUCUGAACAACGAAAUAAAGUAUCUUCAAGAACUGAGGAGACUACGGAACAGAGCUUGAAAUCUAGUGAUGUGGACCAAAAGUGUAGUGAAAGUGAAGACAGUCAUAUAAGAAAUCAAGAAAACAUUGACGGAGAUGAGUCAAUCAAUAGUCAAAAUUGUUCAACAUCAGAAGCAUGGAAUCAUUUGAAUGACACAGUUAAUGUUUCAAGUCUCUCAUCAGAUCCAGAUAAUUCUACAAGUUUAAAUACUACUAUAGUCACACAAUCAAUUGAUGAAAAUGGUCAAACAAUUGUACCCCAAAUUCUUAUAAAUUUCUUUGUAUCUAUGGCAGAUCCUUCAGCAUGUUGGGAUUUAACAUGGGGUAGUAUAGAAAUUCCUCGAUAUUGUGCAUUUUAUUUUCCAGCAGUUGUAUUAACUCUUGGUAAAGAAAAUUGGCCGAUGCUGAAGACUGCUUAUAAAUAUUUAUCGGACGCUAGAGAGUACAAAGUAAGAAGGACAAUGGCUUCAAGUAUUCACGAAGUUGCUAUGAUUCUUGGUGAAGAAUUAUCAGCUCAGGAUCUGUUGCCUAUUUACGAUGGAUUUAUUAAAGAUCUUGAUGAAGUUAGAAUUGGUGCUUUAAAACAUUUGGCCACGUUUUUAAUGGUUUUAAAGCCAGAAGAUCGAUGUCAAUUCUUACCCCGACUUGAAGCAUUCCUUUCGAUGGAUAACGAGUGGAAUUGGAGAUUCAGAAAGGAAGUGGCAUGUAAAUUACUUGAAACUAUUCCUCUUUAUGGUACUUCUGAUGUUUCUAAGCACAUUGUACCACUUUCAUUUACCCUUCUUUGCGAUAAAGUAGCAGCUGUUCGACACGUGGCUUUGAACCUCGUGACUCAAAUCUUUUCUUAUUUAUCUAACGAUGAAGAGCUUAGUACUGCCAUAAUUAAAAAACUCAGGUUGUUGUUGGUAUUUAACGAAAGCCGAUGGAAUUUUAGACAAACAUUUGCACUGUUAUGUGCAUCGUUGAUAACUAAAGAAGCGAUAAGUGGUGAAAAAUUUGCAAAAACACUGCUUCCAGAACUGUUAGAAUAUUCAAAGGAUGCUGUUCCGAAUGUUAGACUUGUUGUAGUCAGGACUUUAACAACGCAAGUUGUUAAUAUUAGGAAUUGUCUGAGUGAAGAACAAAUAGAAAAAAUAAAUAAUGUUAUUAAAAUGAUGAAACAUGAUCCUGAUAGAGAUGUUAGAGCUAUUGCUGGUGGAAUUGUUGGAAAAUACCGUGGCUUUAAAUAGCCCGACAUGAUGUUGAUGAUUUUGAGAUAAAAGUGAAAUUGAAACUAGCAUAAAUUUUUUUUAACAAAUAAAUUCAAGCUCAAAUUAAAAAAAAAAA